UGACAAUGCUGGAAACUAUGUAGUAACAAAUGCUGGCGUAUCUAUCCUCCCACAGUCUGCUCAGGCCACCUUACCACUAAAUUUAGCACAAAAUCCUAUUUGUAAUCCUAUUGGUGCUCAAUAUCAGCCAUACAUACUAAGCAGUGGACCAAAUACCACAACACAUAUUAGAAAUCAGCCACCCAUGAUUCUGCAACAAACACACCCUCAACCAAGACUGAUGCCACAAUUACCAAAUAUAGUUCCUUCUCAGUUUGACCUUGAUAGAAUAUAUGGGGCAUUUCCUGACCAGCAUAUAACGGUUAGUCAGGAUCCUAAAGUAGUUGAUAUGUUGGACAUCCCAGGAAAAGGUCGUUGUUAUGUUUAUAUUGCAAGAUAUUCAUAUGACCCUUUUCAACAAUCACCUAAUGAAUGUCCUGAAGCUGAGUUAGCAGUAAAUGCAGGCGAUUACAUUUUGGAUGGAUUUUAUGAUGCAGAACUUCUAGAUGGAAGAAGAGGAUUAGUUCCAUCAAACUUUGUUCAAAAAUUGAUUGGUGAUGAUCUACUUGAUUUUCAUCAGUCGGUAAUCCAAGGACUGAGGGACUGUGAUGAUUCUGCAUCAACAAAUAUACCACAGGAUUUUGACUACCAUUUAAAUAGCGGUGAGUUCCUUAGCAAAAAACUUGGAGAUUUUGAUUUAUCAGAUAUUUUAGAAGAAGAUGAUGAAGAAGAAGAAGCUGAGCAUUCGAGUGAAGGGCCAGACGUGUUCUUCUCCGUGCUAGUCGCUGCUCCUAAACAGCUGACACUUGAGAGGCAACUCAACAAGAGCAUCUUGAUUGGAUGGAACCCAUCAGACUCACCAUCUUCUCCACCAAUUGACUGCUAUCACGUCUACGUUGACAGAGUGCUUAAAGUAACAGUUAAAGCUACUGAAAGAACCAGAGCCUUAGUGGAAGGAGUUGAUUCAAACAGGCCACACAGAAUCAGUGUAAGAUCAGUCACUGUUAAUCGAAGAACAUCAAGAGAUGCAGCAUGCACUAUGGUUAUUGGAAAAGAUGUUCCCCUAGGCCCAACUAAUGUCAAAGCUAGUAGAGUAACAGCAACUUCUGCUGUCAUCUCUUGGCUUCCUAGUAAUAGCAACUAUCAACAUGUUGUUUGUGUCAACAAUGUGGAACUUCGAACAGUAAAACCUGGUGUAUAUAGGCAUACAAUAACAGGACUGGCCCCUAAUACAGUGUACAGAGUAACUGUUAGAGCUAAAAAUAUAAGAGCUCCACACUUUGAUGAGAAGUCCAAUAUUGCAAUGGAGCGCUACUCUUGUCAUAUUGAUUUCCGCACUCUCCCAAAAGGUAAUAAAAAUUAUAUAUUAGCAAUUUAUAAAUAA